GCCACCCAGUUCAAUAGUGCCUCGUUUGUUGUACUUAUUGAUCUAUUAAUAAUGUACACCACGGUCGUCCACGUGCAGUGCCGCGUGUUUGUUGCUGUUUGCCGCAGAUAUUUAAAUCAUCGUCAAAAUAUCGAGUCGCCUAAACAUAAAUAAAUUAACAUGUUACUGUCGGUGGGCAGGUGAUACAGACCAAGUGCGCCGGGACAUUACUGCCGUGGCGGCUUGCAGAUGAUAGACUCCAGCCAGCGAAGUUCUGUCGGCUGUUGACAUUUCGGCGUAAAUAUGUGGCCCGAUUUUCCGAGCCUGUACUGGGACGUUGACGUGUGUGUCUCGCACUCUCCAAGCACCACGUGGGACAGCGAAAAGUCACUCGGGAGCCUCAACUUCGCCCAUGCUUUGCAGGUGUGCAUUCCGAAUGCAUACAGACUGCCAGACUAUGUGAGGAACCUGUUCUUGGCACAGCAGUACCAGGUUGUGCGGAGCCUGAGCUUGAAGGAGCUCGUUGCCUGGGAUUUUCUGGUGGCCUUUGUCAAGCGAGGAAGCUUGUUUGGACUCUCCGUGAACACGGACUUGUCGACUGGCCAGUGCGUUGCCGUUACGCCCGAUGGAAAGCUCCACCUGACAUCCCAAGAGGACGUCUUCCACUCAACGGGCCUUGAAGGCUCGGUACGCGCCAAGAGCUCAAAGAGCCACAAAGUUUACGAGUCUACCAUCGACCUCGUCAGGGACUGUUUCUACCCCGGAAAAAAGAAUUAUGAAAGGGUGGUGCAGGCACUGACAAGAGGGGAAGCGGACUUAGUCUGUGACGUCGCUUUCGUCUGGCAGCCGCCCUCGGAGUCUGGGAGCGUCUCGCCGCUCUCGGUGGGAGAGUACUUCCGAAAGAGGGGCUACUCCGUCGACCGCUGCGAGCCCGCUUACGCCUUCGCUCAGCAGUUCUCGCUCCCUGUACCCAAGAUGGCUGCCAUUUUGUCGGAUGACGCGGUUGCUGACGGCAAGACAACAGACAAGUUAGCAGACGACGAAACACUGCUUCGAGUCCAAGAGUGGCUGGGAGCUGUCGUCUGCGGCGUAGAUUGCAGGCCAUCCAGCGAGGAUGCUGAGGAGUUUGUCAGCUCCUACAGUUGCCCGGAACCCAGCGAGGAGAUGGGACAGCUGUACGUCGGACAGUGGUCGGGCUUCUUCUCGCGCACAUGCGUUCAGCAACUUCUUGAUGUGCUUCGGCAAAACCUGCCGAAGGAGGGGUUUCCGUUCUGCGGCGUCGUCGUGCACGGCUUCGACGACGACCCCACGCGAACGCUGACGGAGAAGCACAGCCAGCUGCUGGCUCGAGCCCCAGAAACAAGCAUAGUGCUGCUUCCCGACGGGCGGUACUGCUCCUUCCGUUCGCCAAAAGACGCGGUUCGGCGGUCCUGACGACAUAAAGACAACACUUCCUAUGUAACAA